AUGGUCGAAUCAACGGGCUCUACGGCUGUGGCUCCUGUUGAGGAUGAAAAAACAAGAGCGCUUACCAAUUAUAGGAAGAAAUUGGUUGAAUAUCGCGACAUUGAGCAGCAGUUGAAAUUGCUAAGAAAGAAGGAAGCUGAAAUGCAAAAGAGUUAUGACAAAUCAGAGAAUGAUAUAAAGUCGCUACAAUCUGUUGGUCAGAUUGUUGGCGAAGUACUUAAACAGCUAACCGAGGAAAAAUUUAUUGUGAAGGCCACAAAUGGUCCCCGUUAUGUUGUUGGUUGCCGUCGUUCCAUUAACAAAGAACAGCUGAAGCAGGGUACUCGCGUAGCACUCGACAUGACUACAUUAACAAUAAUGCGACAACUUCCACGCGAAGUCGAUCCUCUUGUUUACAAAAUGUCACACGAAGAUCCUGGCAAUAUCACCUAUGCCGACGUUGGUGGUCUUGCAGAACAAAUCCGUGAAUUAAGAGAGGUAGUUGAACUUCCGUUGUUGAAUCCUGAACUGUUUCGACGUGUUGGAAUCACCCCACCUAAAGGAUGUCUCUUAUACGGUCCCCCAGGAACUGGAAAGACAUUGCUGGCGAGAGCAGUUGCCUCUCAACUGGAUUGCAAUUUUUUGAAAGUGGUAUCAUCUGCGAUUGUUGACAAAUACAUUGGCGAAUCAGCUCGAAUGAUUCGUGAAAUGUUUAACUAUGCUCGUGAUCAUCAACCUUGCAUUGUAUUUAUGGACGAAAUUGACGCCAUAGGCGGUCGACGUUUUUCUGAAGGGACAUCUGCUGAUCGUGAAAUUCAAAGAACUCUGAUGGAGCUCUUGAAUCAGCUGGAUGGAUUUGAUUCACUGGGUAAGGUAAAGGUUAUUAUGGCCACUAAUCGACCUGAUACUCUUGAUCCCGCUUUGCUUCGCCCUGGUCGUCUUGAUCGCAAAGUCGAAAUUCCUUUACCCAACGAGCAGGGUCGGCUAGAGGUUCUGAAAAUCCAUGCAAAUCCUAUCACCAAGCAUGGUGACAUUGACUAUGAAGCAGUGGUAAAACUUUCUGAUGGUUUCUCCUGUGCAGAUCUACGUAAUGUGUGUACCGAAGCAGGUCUCUACGCAAUUAGGGCCGAAAGAGAGUACGUGAUUGAGGAGGAUUUCAUGAAGGCUGUCCGGAAGGUGAAUAGCUUUGAACUAGACUUUUUGUUGGUCUUCCAUCUCAAAAUU